GACUGCGUGAGGCAACCAUCUGCCCCGACAGAAUUGCAUUGGCAAUCCAUCCAAGUACUGACACUGUAGAGACAUCCGCCGCCCGGCACCAAAAAGGGAAAACCGGGGCCGUGAGAAUGGCAGUGGAGGAAGAGGGGCUGCGGGUUUUCCAAAGCGUCAAAAUCAAAAUAGGAGAAGCGAAGAACCUACCUCCAUACCCAGGGCCCAACAAGAUGAGGGACUGCUACUGCACAGUGAACCUGGACCAAGAAGAGGUGUUCAGGACCAAAAUAGUAGAAAAGUCAUUAUGCCCCUUUUAUGGGGAAGACUUUUACUGUGAAAUCCCCAGGAGUUUUCGCCACCUGUCCUUUUACAUCUUCGAUAGGGAUGUCUUCAGAAGGGACUCGAUCAUCGGUAAGGUGGCUGUAAAGAAGGAAGACCUGCAGAAGUACCAUGGGCGGGACACAUGGUUUCAGUUCCAGCAUGUGGACGCUGAUUCGGAAGUGCAGGGCAAGGUCCACCUGGAACUUCGACUCAGUGAAGUCAUUACAGACAGUGGUGUCGUAUGCCAUAAGCUGGCAGCCAGAGAUUUAGAGUGCCAAGGGUUGCCAAUAGUGAACGGACAGUGUGAUCCCUAUGCCACUGUCACCUUACUGGGGCCCUCCAGGUCUGAGGCGAAGAAGACGAAAGUGAAAAGAAAAACCAACAAUCCCCAAUUUGAUGAAGUGUUCUAUUUUGAGGUGACCAGGCCUUUAAGCUACACCAGACGAUCCCACUUUGAUGUUGAAGAAGAAGAUGUAGACAAGAUGGCAGUUAGAAUUGACUUAUGGAAUGCCAGUAACUUGAAGUUUGGGGAUGAGUUCCUCGGGGAAAUUAAAAUCCCAUUGAAGGUGCUUAGACAGUCCAGUGUCCACGAAGCAUGGUACUUUCUGCAGCCAAGGGACAACGGGAGCAAGUCUGCCAAGCCGGAUGACCUGGGCUCCCUCAGGUUGAACGUAGUUUACACAGAGGACCAUGUUUUUGCGGCAGAAUAUUACCAGCCUCUCAGAGAUCUGUUACUGAAAUCAGCAGACGUUGAGCCAGUAUCUGCCUCUGCCGCUCACGUGUUGGGUGAGGUCUGCCGAGAAAAACAGGAAGCAGCCAUACCAUUGGUUAGGCUCUUUUUACACUAUGGGAAGAUUGUGCCUUUUCUCAGUGCAAUUGCAAAUGCAGAAGUUAACAGAACUCUAGAUCCAAACACCAUUUUCAGAGGGAAUUCAUUAACAUCCAAGUGCAUUGACGAGACCAUGAAGCUGGCCGGGAUGCAUUAUUUACAAGUUACAUUGAAGCCAAUCAUAGACGAGAUUUGCGGAGACCACAAACCCUGUGAAAUUGACCCAGUGAAGUUGAAAGAUGCUGAAAACCUGGACAACAACAGGGAAAAUCUAAGGCACUAUGUCGACCGGAUUUUCACUGUGAUCACCAACUCUGGAGUCAGCUGCCCAACAGUCAUGUGUGACAUCUUCUUCUCUCUGAGAGAAUCUGCUGCCAAACGCUUCCAAGGCGAUCAUGAUGUGAGGUACACCGCUGUGAGCAGCUUCAUCUUUCUGAGGUUCUUUGCUCCAGCUAUCCUCUCCCCUAACCUGUUCCAUCUGCGCCCUCACCACCCGGACCAGCAAACAUCCCGGACCUUGACCCUCAUCUCCAAAACUAUCCAGACACUUGGAAGUCUAGCCAAAUCGAAAUCUGCUAGUUUUAAGGAAUCCUAUAUGGCUUCGUUCUAUGACUUUUUCAACGAGCAUAAAUAUGCAGAUGCUGUAAAAAAUUUCUUGGACUUGAUUUCAUCCUCUGGACGAAGAGACCACAAACGCAUAGAAACACCCAUCAUGCUGAAGGAAGGAUUCAUGAUUAAAAGAGCCCAAGGAAGGAAACGCUUUGGCAGGAAAAACUUUAAGAAGAGAUGGUUUUGCCUCACCAACCACGAGUUCAUGUAUCAUAAAAAUAAAGCGGAUCAUCCGCUGUGUAAUAUCCCAAUCGAGAACAUCCUCGCUGUGGAGAAGCUUGAAGAAGAGUCUUUCAAAAUGAAAAACAUGUUCCAGGUGAUUCAGCCAGAAAGAGCGCUGUACAUACAGGCUAAUAACUGUGUUGAAGCCAAGGACUGGAUCGACAUUCUCACGAAGGUCAGCCAGUGCAACAAGAAGCGGCUCUCGACGUACCACCCCUCCGCAUACCUCAACGGCCACUGGCUGUGCUGCAAAGCCUCUUCAGACUGUGCUGCUGGGUGCUCACCGUGCACAGGGGGGUUACCAGCAAACAUCCAGCUUGAUGUGGAUGGAGAUAGAGAGACUGAGCGCAUUUACUCUCUCUUCAGCACGUACAUGAGCAAGUUGGACAAAAUGCAAGAGGCCUGUGGCAGUAAGUCUGUGUACGACGGGCCGGAACAAGAAGAGUAUUCUGGUUUUGUGAUUGAUGACCCCCAGGAGACGUACAAAACACUGAAGCUGCUGGCAGCCACUGUCCACACUCUAGAGCAGGAGCAUGCCCAGUACAAGAAGGACAAGUUUAUGAAGACCAAGUAUGGGAGCCAGGAGCAUCCCAUAGGAGACAAGAGUUUCCAUGGUUACAUCAGACAGCAGUCAGAGAGUUCGACAUGUUCCAUCGGAAUGGGAGAAGAGCAAAAGUUUGAUUCUUAGAUCAAAACAUUAUCUACCUAUAAAGGGAAUCCGUGUAGCAUAAUGUACAGGUCUAAAAAAAAAGAAAAAAAAAGAAGAAAAAGCUUUCUCCGUUCGUAUGACUUACUAAAUGUUAUAUUUUUCACAAACUGUUACAGUAGUUGCUAUGCACUUUAGUCAUCUGCCUUUAACAGAUGAUGUAACUCUUUGCCUUUUUGGUGUUGUUGUGUUGUUUUCUGUUUUUGUUUUUUAAAUUCUUUUAUACCUGCUUCAGUUUGAACGAUCAGUUAAAUGAUCACUGAAAACUGACAUUUUAGUAAAAUAAAUGUGUAAGCUCCAGCGUAUUUCACAUUCUCGGGACCAAGCCAACUUGUUGUAGUGACACGGCUUUAUGCAGCGUUAGUGGGCAAAACACCAGGUUUUUUGGUUUGUUUUUUUCGUUUUGUUUUUCUUUGCCACUUCAAGAUUGCUUUUUUCUUUUUUUUUUUUUUUUUUUUUUAUACCUCACAAAUCUAAAUAUUAAUCCCCUCAACUAUAAUGUGAACCAGGGGUUUUAACAGGUUCCAUUUCUUUGCCAACACAAACUGGUAUUGUAUUUGUUUUUAAGGAGAGUACAGAUAUGUGCUGUGUGUUAAACCGUUGGAUUUUGAGCCGCGUACAGUGGUGUGCGCAUUAACAUCAGUGCCACACAGAAGACUGAAUUUUCCU